AUGUCAGUACUUGCGGGAUCUAUAACCCAGGCUUCUAUUAAACUUAUAACGUCAAAACAAGACUCUGUUACUGGUAUGGAAUGUUGUGAAUUUAAAUAUGUAUGGACAAUUAAAAACUUCAGUCAGUGGGCCGAAAAAAUAAUUAAAUCACCAAGUUUUUCAUCUAAUUAUGGUGAUAUUGACGAUAAAUGGAUUUUGGGAAUAUAUUCAGAUAUUAUGCCCAAAGACGGUGACACAUGUAUAUUGGCUGCUCUACAGCUUCAAUCAGUCAAUAAAAAUUCACAACCUUCACAACUACAAAUACGAUAUAAAAUAACUGUUAAUGAUCAAAAUGAAAGAGCUAAAAAAUGUAACUUCACAAUAUUUCCAAAAACAACAAAAUGGAAUAGUUGGACUAAUAAAAUAAACUUGUCGAAUCCAAGCCAAUAUUUACCAAAUGGUGACCUUAAAAUUUGUUGUACAAUAACAUUGUCAAGAACACCAAAAAAUGAUUAUUCUGAUAUAAUUUCAACAUUUAAUGCAACACCAAAACUAAGUGUCGACUGGAAAAAACUUUUGUUAAGUGAAAAAUCAGCUGAUGUUACCAUUAAAGUGGGUCAAAAAUCAUUUCGUGCAAUCAAAGGAAUUCUUGCAAUACGUAGUCCUGUUUUUGCUGCAAUGUUUGAUCAUGAAGAGUUCAAAGAAAAUGAAAAAAAUGAGAUUGAUUGUCUUAAAAAUAUUUGUGAAGAAGCAAUUUGCAAAACGAUAAAUGUUGAUAAUGUUGCAAGUAUAUUUAUUUGUUCUGAUAGAUAUAAUCUCAAAAAACUCAAUCAAAAAUGCUUCGAAUUUAUGAAAAAAAAUUUACGAGAUGUUAUGUCAAAUAUAACAUUUCAAGUUUACAAAAAAAAAUAUCCUGAAAUUUUUGUAGGUGCUCUUGAGGAAUUGCUGUUGUCAGCAGAUUUAGUUAAUUAUACAAUUGACUAA